ACACAACAUCCGCGACAAUAAGUGAAAGAAGAUUCGAAUAGGAACGAAAAUAUAUCUAAAAAAAAGGAUUCACAUGGAUUUUUAAAUUUUGACAUUCAAGUGUUUGCAGUUUACAAGGAUCAUCAAGUGAUUUUGGGAUAUUAGUUGGAUUAUCAUUGGAAUUAUGGCAGAGAUUACCUAUAAAGUGUCUCUGCUGAUGACGCUGAUGCUAUUGCUUUGGGGUACAGAUGCAGCUAAAUUGGAUAAUAGACAGUAUCUACCACCGCCAGCAAGUGCUGCUAGUGCGGGUGGAAGCCCUGGUGCGGGGCUCCAGGGACCGGGAGGCGGUGGGAAUAAUGGUUUAGGUGGAAUCAACAAUGGCUUGGGUGGUUUCCCUGGCGCUGGUGGGCCAGGUAGGCCAAUUGGACCAGCUCCACCGCGUGGAGGGCCCUCGGGACCGGCCCCAGCCCCAGCUCAGUCUGGCCCGGUUAUUCCCAUUUUGUCGUUUGUGAAUGAAAACGAUGGUGACGGCAAUUAUCGCUUCAGCUAUGAGACGGGCAAUGGCAUCAAAGCCCAGGAAGAGGGCACCAUUAAGAAUAAGGGAUCAGAGAGUGAAAUUCCUUCGGUAAUGGGUUCAUAUUCGUAUACAAAUCCUGAGGGAGAGCUGGUCGAGAUUUCGUAUACGGCUGAUGAAAAUGGUUUCGUCCCUUCUGGAGCUGCCUUGCCAACUCCCCCGCCCAUUCCAGAUGAAAUCGCCAAGUCAUUAGCUGCCCAAGGUAUUCAAAUAUUGCCUGGUGGCGGUUAUAGUGGAGGUCCUGGCUCUGGAGGGGGUUCUGGAUAUGGAGGUGGCGCUGGAUCAGGUUUCGGAGGCGGCGGCGGCCGUGGAGGAGCUCCAGGUGGCGGCGCUGGUUAUGGAGGUGGAGCAGGCGGUGGACCAGGCCGUGGGGGAGCACCUGGAGGCGGCGCUGGCUAUGGGGGUGGAGGAGCUGGUGGACCCGGUCGUGGAGGAGCCCCAGGAGGCGGCGGUGGCUACGGAGGUGGUGGUGGAUCAGGUUUCGGAGGAGGUUCCGGCCAAGGAGGCGCACCGGGCGGCGGGUAUGGAGGUGGACCAGGUGGUGCACCAGGCCGUGGAGGAGCGCCAGGAGCAGGUGGAGCAGGCGGUGGACCUGGACGUGGAGGAGCACCAGGUGGCGGCGGUGGCUUCGGAGGUGGUGGUGGAUCAGGUUUCGGAGGAGGCUCAGGUCAUGGAGGAGCUCCAGGAGGCGGAGCUGGUUAUGGAGGUGGAGCAGGCGGUGGACCGGGCCGUGGAGGAGCGCCAGGAGGAGGUGGAGCAGGUGGCGGACCCGGUCGUGGAGGAGCCCCAGGAGGCGGCGGUGGCUUCGGAGGUGGUGGUGGAUCAGGCGGCGGCGCUGGUUAUGGAGGUGGAGCCGGCGGUGGACCGGGCCGUGGAGGAGCGCCAGGAGGGGGAGGAGCAGGCGGUGGACCCGGUCGUGGAGGAGCCCCAGGAGGCGGCGGUGGCUUCGGAGGUGGUGGUGGAUCAGGCGGCGGCGCUGGUUAUGGAGGUGGAGCAGGCGGUGGACCGGGCCGUGGAGGAGCGCCAGGAGGAGGAGGAGCAGGCGGUGGACCCGGCCGUGGAGGAGCACCAGGGGGCGGCGGUGGCUUCGGAGGUGGUGGUGGAUCAGGUUUCGGAGGAGGCUCCGGCCAAGGAGGCGCACCGGGCGGCGGCUAUGGUGGUGGACCCGGCCGUGGAGGAGCGCCUGGAGGCGGCGCCGGUUAUGGUGGUGGAACAGGUGGUGGACCCGGCCGUGGAGGUGCCCCGGGGGGCGGCUCUGGUUUUGGUGGUGGCGCGGGAUCAGGAUUCGGAGGAGGUGCUGGCCGCGGUGGAGGUCCGGGAGGCGGCGGUACUGGCUCUCAAUACAUUCCCCCACCGCCGGGUGGUCCCCAAGGUCGUGGCAAUGGCGAGUUUAAUCCCGAGACUGGCUACAGCUAUUAAUCGGUCUCACAUAAGUCCGCUCAAUUCAACCUCAAUGCAACACAUUCUGCCACAAAUAAUCGUAACUCGU